CCUGUUUUAAAAGUUUAUGUCCGACAACUAAUAAAAAAAUAAAUUACAUUCCAUAUCAUCAGUUUUUGUUAGUACUUGCUUUCGCUAAUGUAAUUAAAGGUGUAAAAUGGCCGUACAUGCUGUCCAGCCUUGGAAAGAUCUUCAUCAAAGAAAAGCUUUUGUCCAAAAAAUUUAAUCAGUGAAGCUUUUCACGCAGGGAAAGCAACAAGUGGCUUCAACAGAAACAGGAAAACGAUGGCAACCAGUGGAAGCAACGCGACCUUUGACCUCUGUCCCAAGAGCCUGGUCGGCGUGGGCGUGGGCCUGGUGGCUGUGGGAGGGGCCAGUUACCUUCUGUACCGCCACCUGACCCGCGAUAUAAUGCCCCAGAAGUGGCGACGUGUGGGCACCGUGCAGAGGAUCCACUUCUUUCCAGUCAAAUCCUGUGCUCCUCUUGAGAUCUCGAAGCCUGGCGUCGAGUACGACUGCGAUGUGCUGAGCAUGUCCUUUGAGGGAAUAAGGGAUCGCACCUUGAUGGUGGUUAACGACAAGAACGAGAUGGUCACGGCUCGGGUGUAUCCGCAGAUGACCCAGAUCCACUCGAAGAAGGUGUCGCCCAGCAAGCUGCUCUUUAGUGCCCAGGACUUGCCCGACCUGGAAUUGGACUUUGAGAAUCUUGAGGGUCCCGAAAAGGAUGUGCCCACCGCUGUUUGGGGAGUCCCUGUGGACGCGAUGCCCUGCGGAGAUCGGAUCAACAAGUGGUUCUCACAGGCUAUCCUUAAACAAGAUACCGGCCUCAAGCUAGUUCACUAUCCCUAUCCAAAACCAGUGAUGACAAUUAAUCCGCGGCUCAAGGACAUGCCCUUCAUAAGACAGGAGGAUUCGGGAACCUUUAACGACGCCACCAGUUUUAUGCUGAUGAACCUUUCAUCGGUGGCUGAUCUUAACACACGGCUAAAAAAUCCUGUUGAUGCACUACAGUUCCGCGGCAAUUUCGAGCUGAAAAUGGAUGUGGAUGAGCCCUAUGCCGAGGACAAUUGGCAGUGGCUUCGUAUUGGGGAAGAUACUGUUUUCCGUUCAGUGGCGCCAUGCACCCGCUGCAUUUUUCCGAACAUAAAUGUGAAGACGGCUGAGAGGGAUCCCGACGGAGAGCCUCUUAAGACGCUGAGGAGCUACCGCUUGUUCAACAAAAUCUCGCCGGCUCUGGGCAUUCAUUUGGGACUUCGGCUGCCGGGAAAAGUCAAGGAAAACGAUGUGGUCUACGUAGGGGACAGAUGAACAAUGAUUUUUCCAUUUUUUUUUUUUUUUGCACGUCGGAAAGAAAGAGAUAUAAAAUUAUAACCUCGUUGUUUCUUAACAUACAUC